AUGAAGCCUCAAGGGGAGGGCGCUGGUGGGAGGACGGUCCUCAGGCAUGCGCGGAAGAGUGCAAACCUGAGCCGCCAGAAUGUCCUGCUGCUGCGGCGUCAGGCGAUGGCGGUGAAGCGGCAAAAGGCAGAAAUGCAGAAGGCCGAGAUGAAGAAGGCGGCGUUAAGGCGCAUUCAGACGGCGCAGAAUAAAAAGACGCACAAGACAUUUGACCACAACAUUCUGCGAUGUGUGCAGGGCGGGCUGGUGGAGUCGAUUGAAAGCCUCGGCGAGACCGUUAGUCCACUGUCGCUCUUUAUGGCCGCCUUUACCACCCUCUCACGGUCUCCAGAGAAGCACCAUAUUCCAUACAUUCUUGCAAUCGCUUCCGCCUGCGCCCCCCGCCUGAGUCAAGGCAUCUUGCUGCAUCAGCUCGAUUCUGCCAUUACGUUGACGGAGCAGCUUAUCGCGGAAAAUGUGGCAAGCAAUUAUCUUAUUGUGGUCAAGGCAAUGAAGUUUGCCCAACAGUUGAUGCUUUCCUUCCACACACCGUCAAUGAAGGUACUCUCAGCUUUUUCUCGCCUGGAGCCGAGCAAACUACAGGUGGACACUAUGAAAAUGUACAUGGUGACCUUUCGCAAACUGCUGGAGCAUGCGGCGCUAAGCGAGGCAACUUCUUUGUCAAGUUCACUUCCCGUUCGUGAUGCAAACACAGGUGUCUACGUACUAGGGGCGAGCCAAAAAUUCUUUGUAGAGGCUUUGCCGUUUUUUGUAAAAUUGUGUCUCGCCAACUUCACAGACGCGCCUGUUAGUCUUGUGUCAUCGACGGCGUCAGAGCUCGCCGGGCUGUUCCAGCGCACACUCUCACCGUACCUUGUGGAGUCGCUGGAGGGACGUGAGAUGAUUGACGGCAUCGUUUCCACCCAGCUUUUGGAGCUGCUAAAGCCCCACUGCCAACUCUACUGGGGGUAUGCCCUCGAAGUAAUGGAGGCUCUCUUUAGCCGGCUGAAUUACCUGAAGCGCACACCUGCUGGGGACGCAAUGCCUUUUACGCGGCGCUUUCCUUCCUUCCCAUUUCUGCUUCGCGUGCUUAACAAGCUGCGCGCCAUGGACGACUCGAAACUAAAUGGGAAGAUUGAGCGGGUGAUGGUGGCCCUUGGAAAAGGCAUGCGUGUCCAGGAAUUUGUGGAGAUCAUCCCGUUUGACCCUCGGCAGGCGCACGACGCCGAGCUCCACGCCAUCGGCGCCGCUGCUGAGGAGGAUGCGUGGGCCAAUAGUUAUGUGCUCAACGUCCUCCGACGCAUUGCGUCGCAUGAUUCGCUGCCUUUUUUUGUUGAGCACUUUUUCCCACUUAUUCAGUUCACUCGCAGUGUUGCCUUGGAGUAUGAAAAGCAGCAGCGCGUAGAACUCUCCACCAAGUGGACAGUGCUACUGCAGCAGUACUGGCGUGUGGGAGUCGGUUUUUGCCACUAUCCGCGAACCAUCACAAGGGAGUCCUUUCGUGACGUUGCGAGGCAGUUGGUGGGCCUCAUGUCGCAUCCGCUCUUUGUGGACACCGGUGCAACCGCCCUGCACGUCCUCUGUGAAGGCUACCACGAGCUCGCGACGACGGAGUCGAUGGAGGAUGACACGGAUGAAACUGCGAGCGACAACAACGCUGAGGAUGGGGAAGGGCGUUUGGAGGAUGAUCAACGGGAAAUCGUCACACGGGGGAAGCGUGCACGGCCGCCUAAAAACAGUCUUGAAGAGGACACGCACUUUCUCUCCCUGAACGAUCCUGCCUGGAACCGCCACGUCUAUCAUGGCAUCUCGCAGGAGUCCGCCAAGGAUGUGUGCGAAAACAUUAUUCCGAAGUUCAGCGCCAAUAUUAUGCCGAAACUUUGUAACACGUUUGAGAGUCACGAGUCGACGGCUGUCUUGUUGGCAAUUCAGAGUUUCUCACGCGUUUGCACAGUGGAUGUGAUGCAGGUCAUAUUGAAGGGCAUUCUGGAUCUUGGCACAAAAAUUGCGCUGCAGACGCAAGAGAAGGAUCUUGCUGCGGUCAAGAAGUCCAACCACACACCGUUGACAGGAAAACGUCGCAUGGUACUUGACAUCUCGUGCGCCGUCAUCGCCCAGCUUCCUGCGGAACAUGUUGUGACGCUUUUCAAUGACAUCAUUGAGCCCGUUUUGAUGGAUCCGGCUCCCGAGUCUCGCUUGCUGCAGAAAAAGGCGUACAAGCUUUUGUUUGCCAUGUUUGAGCAUCGCAUCAAAGACAUUUUUCCACUAUUCCCCCGCAUCGCUGGAGUUCUCACUGUUGGACGACAAAAUGUCACAAUUUCUGGCAUUAAAAUGCGGCUGCGGUGUCUUGUGUGGGCUCUUGACGCCUGCAAGAUGUACUACCCAGAGCAGAUUCUCCCAAUGAUUCGGGCAACUGUGGGGGAAACCAUCCUGCUUUCCCGUGAGCGUUCUAGCGAGACACGUGCCGCCUCGAUGGAUCUUCUAGAAAAGAUGCAGCGUUACCUCGUCAGCGCUGGUAACCCGGUGAAUAUGCUUUUGCACCUGGUGCUUGCCGGAUUUUCAGGGAAGACGCCAUGGAUGGUUUCCAGCACGGUGGUGGCCAUGGCCAAGCUUGUGUACAUCACCCAUCAGGAAUUGCCUGAGGCGGACCUUGACGCCGCUAUUGCGCUGGGGCUGCGCAUGAUGGAGUCCGACGCGCCGGAUGUUAGGUCUGCGGCAGCCAUGUUUGCACGGAUGGUGUUGAAGCUCAUGAAACGAUCUCGACGCGUUGCCGCAGCGAUGGAAAAAUCGCUGCCCAAGCUGCUUCUCGCCAUUGCUCUCACGACCUCCCAGCCACGUGUUUCUAGCAACAUUCGUCUGCAGAUGCGCGUGCUGCUUGAGAAAUGUAUCAAGCGUUUUACUUUUGAGCGUCUGGAGCCCAUCUUCCCCGUCGGUUCGAAGAACUUCCUUCGCUACACACAGAAGAUGAUGCGACGGGAGCAAAAGAAGGAAGAACGGGAGCUCAAGAAACGUGCAGAUGAGAAGAAAAAUGAGUUUGAUCGCCUCUUCCUCGGGGCUGCGAUGAAGGCCGGCGCUGAGGAUGAUGCAGAGCGCGAUUUGCUGCAGGCGGGUGCCUUGACAAGCUUUGUGGCUGCGUAUGCCUUGCCCUCCUUUGCCGCGGCAGCGGACGCCGAGGACAGCGGGGAUGAGCUUGACAACAUGCACCUCGAGUUCCAGGACGGCAAGCUGCAUAUCAUGAGCAUCGAGGAAAAGCGCCAGCAGGUAGAGCGUCAGCGUCGACAGGAAAUGGCCAAUCGCCUGCUACAUCGCGGGAGUCAGCUGGCGCAUGCGGACUCCCUCAACGAGCGGGCGUUGGGCGUGCGCGGCAAGCGCUCUCGGGUGGAGGCCGAGGACUUCGAGAACGACGAGCUCCUGCUUCGCUACGGCAACAAGAUAAACGGCGAGUCGGCCCAAACCACGAUAUCCGCGGCGCAGUCCCGCGUUGGCCCCGGGAUAAACCAAAUUGAAAAGCUGCGAGACCAGAAGCUUGAACGGCGGGAACUGAAGCGGAUGCGGGUGGAGGAGGAUAUUCGCAAGGGCGAGGAGUUCAAGGGGACCGGUGAGGGCGACGUGCGGCGGGGCAACUUGGCGCCGUACGCCUACAUCCCGCUCAACCGGCAGUACAUGAACAAACGCCACCAGCGUGAGGCUCUGCAGCGGCUCAUGACGGUCGCCCAUCCACACGUGAAGGGAAACAAGGCCAAACUUGCCAGCCGCGCCAAAAAACGCCGCAGCAAAUGA